UGACGACUUGGGUGUUUUGAGAAGAAUAUAAUAUUCGGCGUUUACUUUAUUUGGUAGUGCAGAGUGCAGACGAACGGAGUUCAGUACAAUAGCAGAAUCCUGCCAGUGCCGGUCCAUGGCUACUGUGGUGGUUCAUCAUCAACUGUCUGCAAAACCUCCAGCAAGGGUUCCCCUUUGUUCCCCAUCGCCUAUUCCAACCACCUCUUACUUUUCAUCAAACACAAAAUCCUCCACCAGGAACCCUAGAAGAACAAGUCGGCACCGGAAUUCCAGUUCCUUAACAAUAGUAGCCUUUUCUUCCUCCUCCAGGAACGGGGGGAGCACACCUCCGGAAACGGAGUGCCCCGUGCCACUCGAUCAACAGCCUAUUAACGAGUACCAGAGCCUCGCCACCUCCUUCCCUUUCUCUUGGGCUGCCGGCGACCUACCUGGCUAUUGCAUUCGUCUCAUCCUCACCGGCGGCUCCUUCUCUCUCUUCGUCGGCCUCCCCGUUUCCUGGUUCGGUGUGGUCAACCCAGAAUCAGAGCCCCUCAAGUGUGUCUUCGGAGCAGUGUCCAGUGGGCUCUUCGUUGUUACCUUGGCCGUCCUCCGUAUGUACCUCGGUUGGGCCUACGUUGGAAACCGUCUUCUUAGCGCCACCGUCGAAUAUGAGGAAACUGGGUGGUACGAUGGCCAGAUAUGGGUAAAGACUGCUGAAGUUCUUGCUCGUGAUCGUCUUCUGGGUUCAUAUUCGGUCAAGCCUGUGCUGAGCAGAUUGAAAUUCACACUGAUAGGGCUGGCGGCAUCCUUGGUGCUAUGUUUUCUAGUGUUCAAUGUAGAGAGUGGCCAGAGGAAUCCUUACAACCCAUCAGAGGAAGCUGGGGGCAGGGCCAUAGCUGGGGUUUACAAUGAUGAAUCUGCCAGAUCAUUUGAGCCAGACGCAUUCUGUGGUAUUUCCUUGUCCUGGCCGUGCCCACAUUGGUCACCUACUCAUAUUGUAAAUUGAACACUGAUUGAUCAAAGUAAAGAAAGAAAAAGAUAGGAUGAUUUUA